AUGCUUCUUAAGGAUACAUCGAGAGUGUGGCGACUACGCUAUUAUUCGAUAUCUGUGGGAACGUCAGAUUACGUCUUGGUGGAGGCGUGGGCAGAGGUGGAGGUGGAAUAUAUGACAAAGCUAACCGCGGGGAUUCGCCUGGGAAGAAGCCAAAAGCCCCAAUCCUUUUGUGCGAACAGUAGAUCUGCUUCGAUUGCAUCUAAUUCGUCUAGAGAGCCGAUAGGCAUAUCGCAGGUAUCUGUUGUAGGGGCAUUAGCGCCUUCGCUCGUUUCUAACGCUGGUACAAGGGUGGACUGUAUGAGAGUUGGGGCUGGAGUCUCUGUGGGAUCAUUGAAGGCUCUCGGCCCCUGGUUGAUAGAGGAGGUGGUUGAUGAGAUGGCCGUGAUUGCUGUUGAGGUUGUUGUACUUGUUGCGGUUGGUGAGGGAUAUGUGAAUGCUGGCCACUGGGCACUCUCGAACGGAUAUAGGGGUAUCGAGAUUGAGAUGGAUGGAGAAACGCAUAUGCAGGAUGAUCCAUUAUCGGGGCCAUGA